CUUAUAAUGUGCUCUACAGAUUAUACCAUUUAUAACCGGAAAUGCUCCGACCUCCAGUCAGGGGAUUAUGUGUUCAUACAUGGCCGACCAUGUCAGAUUCACAUGAUGACGAUAUUCAAUACAGAAGGACAGACCAAGGCAUCACUACUCGGCAUUGAUUUAUUUUCGGGAGAGAAUAGAGAGGGGCAUUAUCGAAUGACUGAAAUCAUGGACAUCCCUAUUGUCCAUAAGAUAAAAUGUCGAUUGGUGUCACAGAAUGGCCAUCAGCUUAGUCUUGCCAUGCCAGAGGGCGAAACUCGAGAAGAUAUACCAUUUCCUACAGGAGAGCUUGGAGAAAGGAUUAUAGAAACACAGAAAAGUGCUGAUGCUGUAUAUAUCACCAUCCAAUCAGUCAUGGGUGAAGAGGCAGUGAUUGAUGUAGAAGUUGCAUAAGUUAUGAAAUGACUUAUUUCGCUGAUUCAUAUUAAAUGAUUAAUACAUAACUUGAAUAUACAGUUUUGUUCCGGUUCAGGGUAUCAUUUAUUCCAUAAUAGCACCACCACAGUUAGCAGGACACUUCUUAGGAGCACCCUUAUCAGCCCA